AUGCGAAAUGCGCGGGGGCUAGGGAGCAAUCCCCCAUUCCAGCCGGCGCCGCGCGCGACGGCCAGCCCGGUGAUGUCUGCCUCUGCCCUCCAUGCCUCUUCAGAUGGAGUUGUCGGGUCCCACACACUCUGUCCCCUUCCGCGGUCCGGGCGCUUGCUCGCCAUUCUCUCCUCUCGCGACCGCUUCCGUUAUUUACAGUCGCCCUCGCGCUCCACGCAGCCGUCAUCUCAAGAGGCAUCGCCCCUGUGUUUUCCGCGCAUUCUCUUCUUUUUCCUCUGCUUUUCCUCUCUGUCUCUCCUCUCGUGUCGGUUUUCUAGCGUCUCUGCAGCGGCGACUGUUCAACAGCCGCCACCCCGCGCGAGCCUGCCAGACUUGAUGCUGCCGUCGGCGAAUGGCGGCGGUGCCGCUCGACGCGAAGGCGCCCUGGAGCUUCUCUCAGGAUCGCCUUCUUCCCCCUCUUCUCCUGCUGUUCAGGACGCGCAGGUUGCCGCCGCGCUGGGGGAGACGUCUUCGUUUCCGCUCUGUCCUUCUCUCCCUCCGCCAUACGUCGUGUGGAACAGCGCCUUGCGAGACUUCAACGCGUGCUUUGCGCACGUGGCGCUUCCGCUCUUCGCCUUCCUUCCUCUCCUCCUUUCUCUGCGCCUCUUCUGGGCGCCGUCGGCCUCUUCGCGGCCGCGUGCCCUCUCCCGCCUGGAUCGACUGCGCGUGGGUCUGCUUGUGGCGCUCGUCGUGCUUCUUCUCCUCCCUCCGCUGCUGCUCAACCUGCUGCUGCCGUUUGCACUCUCGCUCGCGGGCCUUUCCCCGCGCUCUGUGCUGCCGGCGGCCUUCCUGCCUCUCGCCGUCGACGUGGCGUUCCUGUGCGUCGCGCAGGCGCUGUUCUUCCUCUUCUUCCUCGCGCGACUUGUCGCCGAGGCGCACAGGCGCCGCGCGGAGUCUCGCCUGUUGAGGCUCGCGCUCGGAGUCGCCAACCUGAGUCAGUUGGUUCUUCUGCAGAGCGACGCGCGCGCCUGGCUGCGAGGCGACGCUUGGUGCGGCGCCGUCGAGGCGCUGCACCAAGCCUCUGGCGCCGCCCUCCUCGCGCUACUCUCCUGGCUUUACUGCGGCCGCAGCCGGCCCACCGACCGCUCUCGGGGUCGCGUCCAACCUUCAGCGCGGCGGGCGGCGCGAGGCUCCUCCGCUCUGCGGGAGAUGCCGCGAGAGCCGCGACCGCGCCUCCGCCGGCGUAGCGAUGAUGAGCGGGCGCUCGCUCUGCUUGACCCACUAGAGGAGGAUUCGUGCAGCGAGACGGAUAAGGACUUUUCAGAUGAUGACGGCGCCUCGGAGGCCUCCAAGGGCAUCUCAGACGAAGAAAAGAGCCGCUGCGAGGGCAGAGGACGCAGGCGCGCGGGGCCCCGAGGGUACGCCGACGCCGACAUUGAAGAAGGCGAAGAAGAGGAGCGAGACGGCGAAGCCCGGAAGCACCUGGCGCCCGAGUUCCAUGCGAGCGUCUGGCAGAAGCUGACCUUUGCGUGGCUGUCGCCGCUCGUGUCCAAGGGCAGAACGCAGUCGCUCACCCAGAGAGACCUCUAUCGACUUCCGCCCUCCAUGCAGGCGAAGGCUCAGGCCGACACGCUGGAGGAGGCGUGGCGCGCGGAGGAAGAGGCCUCUCGACCUCUGUUUCCAGUUCCUGGAUUUUCCGUGCCGCAGCCCCCCCCCUCUUCCUCGUGGUCUGUCGCUCGCUUUCCUUUGCGGUUCCGCAGCGACUUCAGAACGCCGAGUCUGUUCAGAGUGCUGUUGAAGUGCUACGGCCACAGACUGAUCCUGCCGGCCUGUCUCAAGUUUGUCGUCGACCUGCUCGGCUUUGUCGGGCCUGUGAUGCUCCACCGGAUCAUCUCCUUCCUCGGUUCAGACACGGCGGCCGCGGACGCAGAGGCGACGCUGUGGGAUGGCGUGUUCUACGCGGGCAUUCUUCUCUGCUCCAGCGUGGUGCAGUCCUUUCUGUUGCAUCAGUACUUCCAUCUGCAGCUGGUGCUGGGAAUGCAGAUGCGCGUGGCGGUUGCCUCGCUCAUCUUCCGCAAGGCGCUGCGUCUGAUGCCCGGCGCGAAGCCCCGCGCGGCCGCCGCCUGCGCCUCCUCAGAGGCUGCGUCUUCUUCCUCCUCUCCCUCUUCUUCGUCCUCUUCUUCCGCAAGCACGGGCAACGUGGUAAACUUGAUGUCGGUCGACGCGCAGCGCCUGCAGGACAGGAUGCUGUACAUACACAUCCUCUGGUCUGGCCCGCUGCAGAUCUGCAUCGCGCUCCUGCUCCUCUUCAGGCACGUCGGCGUCGCUGCGCUGGGCGGCGUAGUCGUCAUGCUCGUCGGCGGCCCCAUAACAGGCCUGGUGGCGCGUCGCAUCAAGCGCCUGCAGAGCGAGUUGAUGAGUUUGCGCGACGAGCGCGGGAAGCUGACGGGGGAGUUCCUCGCGGCGAUGAAGGUCGUCAAGCUGUACGCGUGGGAGACGAGUUUCGCGGCGCGGAUUGCGCAGCUGCGCACAGUCGAGCUCGCGGGGCUCUGGGCGUACCAGGUCGCGGGCAUGGCGAUGCGGCUGCAGUGGCUGAGCAUGCCGCUUGCGGUCUCCUCCACAACUUUCGGGCUCUACGUCUGGCGCCACGGCGAGCUCGACCCCGCGACCGCCUUCACGGCCCUCGCGCUCUUCAACGCACUCGGCUUCCCCAUGCAAAUGCUGCCCGCCACCAUCAACAACGCCGCGGAAACCGCCACCGCGCUGCAGCGCAUCCAGCGCUUCCUCGACCUGCCUGAACGCGCCCCGCAGGCCCCGCCCCUCGCCCUCGCCGUCGCCGGUCGAGACCUCCUCGACUUUGGCGACGCCCACGACGCGGCCUCUGUCACGGCCAAACGGCCUGCGCCCGCGAGCCUGCCCCCCUCGCUCCCGACCGACAUGUUCGCUGUCGAGGUCUCCAGCUGCGACGUCUGCUGGCCUAGCGGCGAGCGGCUCUUCGCCGAUCUGAAGCUCCAGUGUCGCGCGGGCUCGCUCACCGCAGUCGUUGGUCCGACUGGCAGCGGCAAAACGGGCCUGCUGGCGACUCUGCUCGGCGACACACUCGUGGCGGCGCCUGCGUCGUCGGCGCUUUUGGCCGCCUCGCCCACGCGCCCGCCAGCCGCGGCGGGGCUGAGCGCUGCGGACGCGUUUUCGAGUUCGGCGUUUGCGUUGCUUCCGCCGCACGCGUCCGCGCCGCGGGUCUCUGUGGUGGGGCGGGUGGCCUACGUGGCGCAGGAGCCGUGGAUCCAGAACGCGACGCUGCGUGACAACAUCGUUUUUGGCUACCCUUUUUUGCCGGCCUGGUACAAGCGCGUGCUGGCUGCCUGCUCGCUGCUGCCUGACCUAGCGCUCCUGCCCGCGGGUGACCAGACGGAGAUCGGGGAGAAAGGCAUCAACCUCUCUGGUGGGCAGAAGCAGCGCGUCGCACUCGCCCGCGCCGUGUACGUACAGGCGGACGUCUACCUUCUCGACGACUGCCUCUCUGCAGUCGAUGCGCACGUCGCCGCGCACAUCUUUGAAAAAUGCAUCCGCGGCCUCCUGCGCAACCGCACUGUCGUCCUCGUCACGCACAAACUGACAACGACCCUCCCGCACGCGCAGCAAAUCCUCUUCCUCAAGGACAAACGCAUCUGCUUCGACGGGGCCUACAAGGACUUGCAGCAGCUCGCGGACUUCCAGGUCUUCUCUCUGCAGGCUGAGAGGGAGGAGGCGGCGGAGCGCCAGCGCGAGACGGAGGAGACGAAGGGCGUCUUUUCGAGUCUUGCGUCUCCGGAGGAAAUGCACCGGCGGCGGGAUUCUGUGUCGUCGCGAGUCUCGCGCGAAGACCUUCCAAAGUCCGGCGAGCGCGGAGGCGCAGGCGACGCCGAAGCCGAGCCGCGACAGGAGGUAAACGCGAGCCGAGGCAGCGUCGCCGUCCGCGUGGAGCGCGCCAGUGCCGCGCAGGCAGACUCGAUUCGCCGUCAGGGGGCGUUGAUUGAAGAGGAGAAUCUACGGCAUGGCGACGUGGGGGCGGCGGUGUAUCUGGAGUACCUAAGAGGCGCGGGCGGCUUCUCCGUCGGCGUCCUUGUUUCCGCGUGUCUCGCGCUCUCCAACGCAGUACUUGUCUUAGCCAACCUGUGGCUCUCUCAUUGGUCGGACGCCUCGCAGAAUGCGCGAAAAUCUCGUUUUUUCGGGGCCUUGGAAGCCGAGGUCUCGCUCUCCGCCGGAACGGGAUUCGCCGUCUACGUCGCGCUCGUCUUGCUGAACCUCGCAGUCGCCGUCUUAGGCUACUUCUGCGUCAUUCGCGGCGCGCAGGCCGCCGCCCGCUACUUCCACGAUCGCCUCCUCAGCGCGGUCACCGACGCGGAGAUGUCGUUCUUCGAGUCGACGCCGCUGGGACGUCUGUUGAAUCGCUUCACCAAGGACCUGAACACGGUUGACGAGACGCUGCCUGAGACGUUUACGUCGUAUUUGAAUUUGAUUUUUCGCGCGAUCGCGACCUUCACGGCGAUCGCGUUUGUCUUUCCGGUAUUUCUCCUCUUUCUGCUCCCGCUGCUUGCCUUCUACCGGUCGGUGCAAAACUACUACAUCCCGACGUCUCGCCAGCUGCAGCGGCUGCAGGCGCUGCUGCGCUCUCCGAUCUUCCAAGACUUUUCCGAGACGCUGGAGGGCGUGACUACUAUCCGCGCGUUCAGGCAGCAGGCGCGCUUUCAGACGCAGAACGAAGCCAAGAUGAAUGCCGAGCUCGAGGCAUGCUACCUCUACGUCGCCUCCAACCGCUGGCUGGCGCUGCGCCUCGAAUUCGUCGGCACCAUGGUCGUAACCUUCACCGCCUUCUGCGCGGCGCUCGCCAAACAGUCCUCCGCCGCCCGCGGCCUCUCUUCAGGCCUCUCUGCCGGCCUCUCCGCGGGCGUCUCGGCGGGCCUCGGCGGCUUGGCGGUCUCCUACGCGCUGAACAUCACGCAGCAGCUCAACUGGCUGGUGCGCUGCGCCAGCGACACAGAAAGCAACAUCCUGUCUGUCGAGCGCAUCAAGGACUACGCCGACGAGAUCCCCGCCGAGGCGCUGGAACCGAGAGGCUCGCAGGCCGUGCCAGCCGCGCGAGGCGGCGCGCUCUCUCGCAGCGGCCGGGACGGCCUCGUGGCGUUUCUGGGCAGCGCGCGGACGCAAGCCAACGCCGAGAGCCUCGCAGAAUGGCCUACCGAAGGGCGCGUCGAACUCCGCGGCCUCGGUGCCCGCUACCGCCGCGACAGCCGGCUGGUCAUCCGCGGCGUCACAGCGGAGUUCAGACCCGGCGAAAAGAUCGGGUUGGCAGGCCGCACAGGCGCCGGAAAGAGUACGCUGCUGCUCACGCUGCUGCGCCUCGUGGAGCCUGCCGAGGGCGCAGUCCUCGUCGACGGUGUCGACUGCCAAGAGGUCGCCCUCCGGCUCCUCCGCUCAAAAUUCUCUAUCAUUCCUCAGGAUCCGAUCCUCUUUUCGGGCACCGUCCGCUUCAACGUUGACGCGCUGGGGCACGCGUCAGACGAGGAGAUCUGGCGAGCGAUUGAACGCGCGCACUUAGCACCGCACGUGUUGUCUCUCGCGGAUGCAUGCGGCCCCCACGAGGGUUCGCCGCGCGCAGCGGCGUCUCCGCCGGCGUCGGACUCGACAGACGCCUCUUCGCCGCUCGCGGCGGCGGCACCCGAAGAGGCCGUCGACGGCCUGGACGCCUGCGCGCAGCUCCGAGAGGAAAAGGACCGGGCGCUGUGGAGGCGCCGAAGGGCGGCGCUCGACGCAGCCGUCGAGCAGAACGGAAAAAACUUCUCCAUGGGGCAGCGCCAGCUGCUGUGCCUCGCCCGCGCGCUGCUGCGGAAGAGCAAAAUUCUGCUGUUGGAUGAAGCCACUUCGGUUGUCGACCCGCGGACAGACUCGCUCAUUCAGGCCACGAUUCGCCGCGACUUCGCGGACUCGACGCUCAUCACAGUCGCGCACCGCCUCGAAACGAUCAUGGACUACGACAGGAUUUUAGUCAUGGCUGAUGGCGAGGUGCGUGAGUUCGACACCCCGCAGACGCUCUACAGAGACCCUCGCAGCCUCUUCCGCAGCUUCUGUCUGCAGGCGGGCGUCGCGCCCGUCGCGCUGCCUAACGGAGUCUGA